AUGUCAUCAUAGAAAAUGGCGCUGAAACUGAAAUACAAGGACGAACACGGCGUCGUGCAAAUAAACAUGUCGCCGACGGCCAGCCCCAAGGAACCGGACAAAGACCUCACAGGACCCAAGUUCGACACCAUCAACAACAGAUUCGCACAGUACGACCUCUUCGGAGGGAAGUACGAUGUCGACUCGGGAGGGGAGACGCCACGGUCACUGUUCCGCAGCCGCUACAACUCCAUCGAGGAGGAACUCGCCAACACUCCGUACGCCUUCACGACCGAGCGCUCGCUCCGACUCAACAGCGCAAACAAACUCGACAUUACAAUCCAGUCGCGCGACGAGACAUCACCGUCCAAAGACAUACAGGACGACCGAUUCUUCAAACGCCGAUUAAGUUUGGAAUACGAUGAAUCGUUAUUCGGGCCGCAAAUCGAUUUUAAAGUGAACGAUUCUGGAACGCCUGCGUUUACGGUGACGCAGCUGAUCCACGCUCAGGAUCGAUAUUUCGAUUUAUCGGGCCGGCAGUCGGAGAGCCCUUGUGGGAAAGUGUGUUCGGAAGUGCAUGUGCCAAGUCCUAAGAGGAAUGAGGAGGCGUUCAGGGUGCUGUCUGCUGAUGUGAAGAGUGGGAGACAGGAGCCGGUGCCUGUGGCUAAACCCGCGGUGCCAACCUCGAAGAGAAAGAAAGAGACUUCGUUCGCGAUCCUCGCGGAGACGCCGGUGUCGCGGCCCACCAGCCCGCGGUCGCUGCCCGUCGACAUCAGGACCCGGAGGGUCUCGCCUUUUAGAGGUCGUGGUUUCCGCGAAGAGACAUCACGGCACAACACUCCGAGGACUUCAGCAACGAACUCCAGAGCGAACUCUCCUCCGAGAAGAAGAACAAACUCCUUAUCGAGGAUAGACAACAUGGCGCAGACUGCCACAUUACCACUACCUAUACACAACCUACCAAGACCACAUUCUCCCAGAAACUUCUUAAAAGAAAACAUAGAAGAAGUGAGAGAACUAAGUGAACUGAACAGAGAAAAGCAUGAAGCAGAAGCUGAAAGGAAAAGAAUAGAAGAAGAAGAAGCUAUCCUCAAAGAAAUGGGAGUCUUAGAUAAGUCCAAAUCUGGUUCUAGAAGUGUGGUCGGUUCCAGAACGAAUUCUAGAAGCAACUCUCCAAGUAAAAUCAAUUUGAGAUCGAGAGAUAAUUCUCCUUCAGCGAUACUUCAUUACGAGAACAUCCCUGCUAAUAGUAAGGAAUUUAUAAACGGUGAUGAUGGAAUCAGACAACCCGUUACACACAGGUCCCGAGUUCGAUCGGUCUCGAAAUCUCAACCUCAGUCCAACAAUGGAUCGCCAAAACAUUCGAAGAUUCCAAAACGACAGAGCUCUGUGUCUCCAACAAGAACUACAACAAAACCGUCAGGGUAUCGACGACCCUUUGAGAAUAACUUGAACAAAAAUCAAAGGUUUAUUUCCAGUAGUACUAGUAGCAUUCAUGAGACCAUUAGGAUCGGGAGUCAGGUCCAUGAUAAAAGAGGAAGUAAAAGUACUCAACACUUAAGCAUAUCUCCCGCUCACAUUAAGGGCAAGCCUCCAAUUUCUCCAGGAAGAGGAGGCCCGCCACCUUCAAACAGGGUCAUCAAUGCUAAAAGACUAUCUCCUAUAGUUGGAACUCCAAACAAAAGUCCUAUAGAUGACUUAAAACCGAACUCGGCAAGACCGAAUGCAAAACCUACACCUGUGCCAAGAAAACCAGUGAAGACAGCUGGUAACACCCCUGCUACAUCUAGAUUGAAUUCUAGACAGCCUAGCAGGACUGUUAGUAGAGACCCAAGUCCAGAUAAGCGUAAAACCAAACCAGCAACAAAACCAGUGACUAGUGCCACGACGAAGCCGGUGAGUAGAGCACCAAGCACUAGAACCACACAGAAACCUACAACUGUCAGUAAACCUGAACCCAAGAAGCCUGUGAGUCGAACGAACAGUAUGAAAAGUCUGACGAGGGCACCCAGUACGAAGAACUUGGCAGAAAAGCCGCCACUGAAAAAGAACAACAGUAAAAAAGACCUAAGUGAAAAAGCACAAUCUACAAGCAAAAUAAAUGAAGUUGGUACUAAGAAAGAUUCCAUCAAGAAAAAAGACUCUGUCAAAGGAAAAGAUGAAACCGACAAAGGUAAAGUAAAAAGUACGAGAAGUACAGAUUCGAUGACUGACGCAGAUAAUGUGUCAAAACAAGACAACGAAACGCAGUACGAUAAAAUUACGAACGAAAAAGGUGAACUCGUUAUAAUGACGAAGAAAAACAUAAUCUCGAUGACAACUGCCGCAAUAACUUCUCAGCCACUAGAACUUGUCUCUACGGUGACUAAUCAACUACCAGCAGCUUUUGAAAAAGCUAGAGAAAAAGGUAUUUUUGAAAGAUUGAGUUCCAAAGACUCUCUUGUAGGCAAAGAAGAAGCUGCAAGCGAAAAACCUGCUACUUCUGAGAAGCCUGAUAAGGAAAAGCCACAAAAAACUAAUAAAGAUGCUCCAGAAGAAAAAGAAAAAGAAAAGGUUGAAGAGAAGAAGCCUCCUCCGAGACACAACAAACCUAGCAACCAUGAUAAGCCUUUGUACACUGAAGACCAAGUUAAACUUAAACUACUACAAGGUCCGUUCAACAACCCUCAAAUAGAACGAGCGAAACAAAAGAUUGAAGCUAUCUUGAAAGAGCCAGAAAUAUCCACAGAAAACAUACUAACCGCUUCAGCAAAAUCAAGAGAAGCCAAAAAUACCUUUAAAGAAGUAGCUGAUAACGCAAAAACUGAGAUCAAAGAAGCGAAAGACGAGGCUGCAAAUAAACUGACAGAAAUUAAAGAUCAAGUUGUCAAACAGAACGAAAAAAUGACCGAAGAAAUACGUUCGGAAGUAACGAAAAUUGUCGACAGCAUAAUCACACCAGUCGAAGAGCCAAAAGAUAUACCAGAGAAGAAAGAAAAAGCUAAAGAAGUUCCUAAGAAGAUUGAAGAAGUAAAGAAAGAUAUAAUUGAACCAAUAGUGACGGUUGUUAAUGAGAAAAAGAAGAAUGGUGGAGCAGCUAUAGCAGAGAAGGUGAAUGAGACUCUUGUGAAGGGAGAAGGAGAGGUUGAGGUGUUGAGUUCCAACGUGUCCACUCCAGGAGUUGACAAGAUUAAAGUACAGAAGAUGGAUGGCAACGGGUCUGAUAAGUCUGCUCAAAGUAAUGGCGGGUUCCCACAAAGCACAAGCACAACCCCUAAGCCUCCAGCGAGGACCAAGAAAGAAGCCAAAGAGACCCCACCACCAGAAUCAAGAGAAACUUCGGAACCAGUGGACACAGCAGAGGACAAGCCUAAAGAACCAAACUUCUGCCAAAGACUUAUGAAGAAAUGCAAAUCUAAAUGCUGUGCUUGCUGCACAAAAGGAGAAGAGUCUGAAGAAGACGGCGAUAAAGAUAAAGAUAGAGAGAGACAGAAAGAUGAAGAUCAAGUGAAAGAAGGAAAGAGAGGCAUGAUGAGUAAACUGAAUUGUUGUAAGAAGCAGGUUGAUGAGGAAAAGGCUGAGCAAGAGACUAGGGAUUUGGAAAGGGCUGCUGGUAAAGCCUCGAUAGAAUACGAAAACGAAACGAAACCUAAGCGCACGUUACGCGACGUGUUCUGCGGUUGUUGCGGGCGACGGCGACGCGUAGCAGACACUGGGUCGAUGCCGCGCAACGUUGCGGAGUCCAUGUCGCCCGCGCCGGAGGAGACUGGCUGCUGCGGCAGGAAGAAGCGGACGAUUGAGAGGAGAGACAGCAUACUGAGUGAUAGACCUCCUACUAGUUGCUGCAACAACCGCCUGUGCACGUGGUUGCGCGGCAUGUGCCGGCGACACUCCGAGCAGUCCUCCAGUCGGCGCACGAGCAUGUUCUCCAAGAACAAGAGCAUGUCGCCCACGUUACCGCCUGAGGACACCCGCACGAAGCUGGACACGUCCCUGGUGGAGCAUACGAGCGUGAUGCGCGGCGCCAUCCCCGUGCUGCCCAUAGUGCUCGCCUACUUCUGCCUCUUCUGCAAUAUCGUCGUACCUGGAUUGGGCAGCAUAUUGAGCGGCCUGUUCUGUCUGUGCUUCGGUAUACCAAGGUUUGGAGUCCACGACGGAGCUAAACACAGGAUAGGGUCGUUCGUGAUCAACUUGCUGGUUGGCUGUGGCCAGCUAUUCACGGUGCUGUUCUGUCUGGUCGGCUGGGGCUGGUCCAUCUGGUGGGGAGUCAUCAUGGUCAAGAUAUCACGGAAAUAUCGCAAGCUAAAAAAGGAGGCGGAAGCUGCAGAAGCGGAAGCAGCGCCCCCUGUGACAGCCAACAAUCACACGAGAGCGUAACACAUGACUUAAAAAUAUCUUAAUACCUAUAGAGUAAGUUAUAACUUUUUAAACAUAACGUCUUUGAUGAUAUGUUUAAAGAUUGAUGUAAAACUCUUUUUGACUAAUUCUUCGAUAAUUAGCAAACGCUGUGACCAAUAUUUUUCUUAGAAAAUUAAUAAAAACCACUGCAAUUGUGGUAUUAACUAUUCAUAAUAUGAAUUGAAUUCUAACUUUUUUACAGUUAAACCUGUAAAUAUUAUCAAUAAUUAUAAUUAUGACACAUUAAACUGUAAAAUACACAACAGUGUUCUAAAAUAAAUUAUAUAUUUUAUCUGUGCAAGUGUCAGUACUGCCAACUUAACGCAAAUAAUAAAAACAUUCUAAAAUUAAAUAAAUCUGUAAAUAAAAUUAGGGUAGUUGAAUCGUAAUUUUGGAAUUAUAAAUCUAGAAUUUAUCUUUGAAACUUGAAAUACGUAGUUUAAAUGCGAAAUGGGAAUUUUCCAAAAUUGUAUAAAAAAAAUGGUUUUAAAAAGCGAAAGAACCUCUUGUACUACUCAUGUACAGUCUACACAUCAAGCUAUGCACAACCAGUAUAAACUGACCGUCGAAUGUGUGGAAAGAUCAUACAAAGCGAGACCAUGAUAAACUGGUUAUAUAUAGCUCCAUGUGCAAAUAUGUGUACAUUUUAAAAUUAUCUGCGGGUCAGAUUUUUAACCGUCAAUUUAACGGUUUUUCCGAAAAAAAUACUUCCAAACGAAGUUUUCCGACCUUGAGGUCACUUUUUAACUUUUACUCAUAGAUUUAACCUUAAUGUAUAUUAUUAUGGGCCCCAAGUGCUUUCUAUAAAUAGUAUUAUUAAUAUUAUACACUUACAUUCUGCAGUGUCAUGAUUUAGAGGGAAAUAAUGACACAGCUAAAUAAAAAAAUGGAAUACAGUUGAUUUUUACGUUAAACAAGGAAAAAUAUUUGUUGCUGUACUCAAUGAAAAAGUAAUAAACAUUCAGGCUAUGCUUUAAGUUCUUUGUUGAAAAAUGGCAACUUUCUGUUAAAAAAUUAGAAAAUUUUGGUUGUUUUUAUUAUUGCUGUCAUAAAAUAACAUUUCCUUUUAAAUCAUGAUACUGUAUCUAAAGUAUAAGACCUAAGAAACUUUUGUAUAUGACCAAACUGAUAUUUCUAACGUAGCGAUCACAAUUAACAACAUUUUUAGCAAAAUAACGCUAACGAUGCGAAGAAAAUGUAGUUUUUUGACAUUUUUCCAAAUAUUAACGCUUUGAAUAAAACGUUAUUUUGAGAAGUACUGUUAUUUUUGAAAUUAGAGGUUAGAAUUUGGGCGGGAAUGGCAGAACAAGGAGAUUUCAGAUCAAUAAUGGAAUAAUUAAGUACUUCAAAUAAAGUUUCACUAUUAUAAAGAAGAUUUGAAGUAUUUUUUACAUAUUGAAUAGACCACAGGUAAAUUUUAACAUGUAAUAUCACAAAAAUAGUUAGAUUUUCUGCCGUUCCUGCCUAAACGAGUGUAUCGAGAAAGUAUUCAUAAAGUAUUAUAAUUUGACUUCCAGUUUAUUGUAAAUUGGCAUGGCCAUUAUAGAGUUGUGAUUUUCGGUAAAGCAGAAAUUGGUUGUUCCAGUACGUAAACGUUUGAGAAAUAAUGGAGAAGAAUAAUUAAAUUUAAUAAAGUCCUUUAUAAAAAAGAAACUUGUUACCUUAUAAUAUAAGUAACAUUUUCAAUCAGGACAUAGCAGUUCCCUAUUUGAAUGUGCUAAAUAGUCCAUAACUUAUUAUUGGUACCUUUAUGAAAUUUAUAAGCUGAGUAAACGAGCAGCCAGAUAAUUAAAUUUCGCCAUUUUACCAUAUUUUUCUGAAAUAUAAAGAUUAUCCAUUAUUUCUCCAGCGUUUGCAAAUAAAAAAGAGCAAUUUUGGUUGUAAAGUGAAGCUACCGAAGUGAUUAUUAUAAUAAGAAGUAAGAUAUUUAUGGAACGUUCUUCCAGUACAAUUUAUUUGUUAUUAACAAUUGUUAUAAGUUGGUUAUACAAUGUUUAUUAAUUAUUAUAGUUGCUUGUACAACGAAUAAUCAAUAAAGACGAUUUUAAUUUAAAA